AAUUGAGAUUUAAAAGGAAAACCAUGUUCGGAGUAUAGGAUUAAAUUAUGACUCAAACUAUAUACAAUGUAAUUCAAUAUUAAAAAUGAAAUUACAGAUAUCACCCUUACAACUUUAAUAGAUUAAAUAAGUGGCAUUCACUACAUAAUUUGAUAUAUAACCCAAAAUAUAAAUUUUGAACAAUCUACCACAAAAAUUUAAAUUUCAAACAAUCUACCUCAAAAAUUUAGAGCAUUUAAUUUCGAAAUGAGACUUGAUUACCAUUGACUUGAACAUAAAAAAAAAAAAUAAAAAAAAAAUAAAAAAAAAAAAAUAAAAAAAAUCAAAUACGGAGUACUACAACAUUUAAACUGAAACCAAAUAACCCGAUUACCACCUCAACGUAAUACAGAAAGUACAAUAUUCACAAAUUUAAAAAUAGGCCUGCAAUUUGAUUGUCUGCACUGCUUUUAUUCACAUUCUCUCUCUUUAUAGUGGAGACUUUGUCAGUUGUCACCAACUCUUUCUGUCUCUCAUGUCCAAAUAAUACAUCUUCUUUCCUUCUUCCACCAUUUCAGCUCCCACAAAAAAAGUCGAUUUUUCGGCAAUUUUCGCUAAAUUUCCACUCUCAAUUUCCUUAAUUACCUCAACUUUUACCCCUACAUUUGAUUUCUUCCCUAAUUUCGAUUCUUCAUUUCUUAAUUUUCUUCAAUUAACCCUAAAUCGCCUCCAAUUUCCGAAGAAAUCGCGAAUUUAGGGUUGGGUGAUUGAUUUUACUACUUCUCAUGUUUAAUUCUCUACCAAAUUCUCCCAAAUCGCCUGUGCAUUUCACAUCAAAAACCCCAUUUCCUUACUCAAUUUCUCAUAUUUUUCUUCCUUCCGAUGUUUUCUUCAUAUUAUACUUCAAUUGCUCUCGUUUUCGCCUAAAAUUUUAUGAUCCCUCUAAUUUCAAUUGAAAAUUAAUCGUGUUGUUGAAUUGUAAUUUUGUUUCCUGAUUUAGAAAUGGCGGUAUCAAUUGACGAGUUACCCUCUCAUAUUGUGUUAGAGAUUUUAACUUCAGGAAGGUUAAGUGCUGCUGAUCUUGUUUGUUUGGAAUUGGCUUCUUCCAUUUUUGGAGGGAGUCAAGGGUUAUACCCUUUGAAAUUUCGCUCUUUAGCUGAUUUAGCGGCGUUUCAGCUAUGCGUUUCGCACUCAGUUUACGCCCCCAUGAGUUUCGAAACUCGAAAGGAGCUCUUUGAUCGGUGUGGUGGGAAUUGGAAGAGGGUUUUGAGGUUCUUGCAGUCUGUUGAACAAGCUUCUGAUAUUGUUAAGACUUCAGCUGGCAAUAUGCAGAUAAAGGCGGGGAGAUAUCACACUUUGCUUGUCAGCAAUUCAUCAGUUUACUCUUGUGGUUCCAGCUUGUGUGGAGUUCUUGGUCAGGGUUCAGAAAUGACGCAAUGCGGGUCAUUUAGUCGGAUAAGUUUUCCGCCUUCUUCGCCUGUAGUCCAAGUUUCAGCUUCACACAAUCAUGCUGCUUUUGUUACAUUGUCUGGAGAGGUCUUCACAUGUGGAGACAAUUCCUCAUUUUGUUGUGGGCAUAAAGACACAGGUCGACCCAUUUUCCGGCCUCGGUUGGUUGAAGCUCUGAAAGGCAUUUCUUGUAAGCAAGUUGCUGCAGGGCUUAGUUUUACUAUGUUUCUCACUAGAGAAGGCCAUGUCUACACAUGUGGAACAAACACGCAUGGGCAGCUUGGUCAUGGUGACACAAUGGAUAGACCUAUGCCAAAACUUGUUGAACUUCUUGAGAGUGUUGGCUCUAUAGUUCAAAUUUCAGCUGGUCCCAGCUACUCCAUAGCUGUGGCUCAUGAUGGGACAGUGUACUCAUUUGGUUCAGGUACUAAUUUCUGUUUAGGCCAUGGGGAACAGCGAAAUGAACACCAGCCCCGGGCUAUCUUGUCAUUUAGAAGAAAAGGUAUUCAUGUAGUUCGUGUCUCAGCCGGUGAUGAGCAUGUAGUGGCCCUUGAUUCUUGUGGAUAUGUGUAUACUUGGGGCAAAGGUUAUUGUGGUGCGUUGGGUCAUGGAGAUGAGAUUGAAAAGACAACUCCAGGAAUUGUAAGCAGCCUGAAGAAUCAUCUUGCUGUGCAGGUUUGUGCUAGUAAGAGGAAAACUUAUGUUCUAGUGGACACGGGCUCUGUUUAUGCCUUUGGGUGGAUGGCCUUUGGUAGCCUUGGAUUUACAGAUAGGGGAGCAUCUGAUAAGGUCACUAGGCCACGUAUCCUUGAUAGCUUGAGAGGUCACUAUAUUUCUCAGAUAUGUACUGGCCUAUAUCACACAGUCGUCAUCACAAACAGGGGCCAAAUUUUUGGCUUUGGGGAUAAUGAAAGAGCUCAACUUGGACUCGACUCCUUGAGAGGCUGCCUUGAACCAACAGAAAUAUUUGUUGAUGAGAUGAUGGAUAAUGCUGUUGCCGACAAAGCAAAUGUCUGAAUUGGUUUGGAAGGACUGAAGUGCUUGAUGAUUGCCAUGCAAAGUGCUUUCUUGUUAGCUGAGGUCCUGAGGAUGAAUCAUUGGUAAAAGUUAUGUCAUGGUUUGGUGGAUAUUGAUUGGUGGCAGUUUUAUUAGAAAUGGUUGUAGCUGAGAGAUGUAUUGUUUGAACCGUACAAGUGUUCUGUCUUUCCAGAACGGUAUUCCUCUUUAAUGUGCAGGAUUUUGACAAAUUAUUAGAUGAAUAGAUUGAAGAAGAUAAAAGAUCUUUGUUUUCCAAAAAACUAAAAAUGUAUGUUAGCAAAGGAAAUAAUACGGGACCUGUAACCUCUCCGACUCAUUCAAUGUAAGUGAAUAGAGUAAGGCCUCGUUCACUUCACCUUAA